UGAGUUGACCAGAGAACACGUAUUUUAUCGGCCAAGGGAAUAUCGAUGUUUAGAAAACAAGUGAAGUACAUAAAUACAUACGUACAUACAUACAUAUUUUAUAGAAACUAAAACAAAGGACCUCUAAACGAUCGAAAGUGUCGCGUAGCAGAGCAGAAAGUUUAUUUUCGCAGAAGUUCAGAUUAUUGAAAAAAAAAAAAAUAUUUUAAAUGACGCCUUUGAAAAUUACAUUUGCUAAUGCAAUUCGCAAGCUGAACUUUUAUAUUCGGAAUCGACCGCAAGAUUAUGAGUGUUUGAAACAGCAACUCGACUAUCAUCUCUUCGGUCGGCGCAACUUGCCAAAGUGUGAACUUGAACUCUACUGGAUUGAUCAAGAUUCUGAUGAAAUCUAUGUUCUCAAUAGUGACGAUUACAUUGUGUUCCAAUAUAAAUGUGGAGCGGAAGGCCACCUUUUUGCCGUACCAAAAGCUGUAAAAAACGAAGGAAAAGAAACCUGAGCACGCUGACGUUUCUAGUGAACAGCCCAAAACCAAUGGCCAGCCAACAACCAAGCAAUAAAUAAAUUACCAAAGGCUGCGCACUUAGCACCUAGUAUUUCUAGUAUUUUCUUCCUUUGCACUGAUUAAGUCACUUAAAUCUAAACUGCACAUCUGUAUCCACUCGCUUUCGGCAUUGAACCGGUAAAUCUGCACCAACAAAAGCCAUUGGAAUGUAGAAAAAGUGUUCAUUUCCGUUUUAGUAAUGAACUAUCACAGAAGUUAUUAAUUCUUUCUUUCUUUCAACAUAAAAAUGUUUUGCGUACACUGAAAUAUUUUGAACAAUUUUGAAUUCAUGUAUUUAUGUAUAUUUUCAGGUUUUAUUUAUGUAUGUGUUCUACAAAUGCAUAUAUACUUCAAGUAUGUAAUUUCCGUAAAUUCAUAUUACAACUAUGUUUUACUCUUAUAAUAUAUAUGUGUAUGUAUGUAUACACAAAUGGUCUACCAUAAUACAUAUGUAAAUGGAAAAUCAUCUAUGUAUGUAUGGUAGCGAUAUACACUCUCAUGGAAUUAAUAUAAUAACUGAAAUAAAAAUUAAAUAAAAA